UUCAUGCUGGGUUCAAUCAACAGUUAACCUUCACAGCUUCUCUCUAUUGAAAUCGAACCCAUCAGCUCUGAUUCGCUAGGCUUGCUUUAGCAGUGAAGUCUUGGAGACGAAGAUGAAGUUGUCGUGGAGCAAGAAGAGCACAAGCACCAAACGCUCUUUCAGCGCCAUUUCCAAGUACCCAAAUCUCCCUUUCGACAAACAAGACGACGACCCACCUGGCAAAGACCAGGCAGAUGCCAGUGUUUCAGGGAAUCAAGAACGACCCGCGUCAAAAGCCCUAGCUUUGGAUGAGGAGGGGCUGUCAUCAUCGCCUGAUCACCAGCAAUUGGCUCGAUCGUUUCAGUCUCAAGGGGACAAGCUGGCUGAGGAGGGAAAAUACCGGGAAGCACUGGGGAAGUGGGAGACUGCUCUUACCUUGAUGCCUGAGAAUGCAGUUUUGCAUGAGCAAAAGGCACAAGUCUUGCUUGAGAUAGGAGACACAUGGGGUGCUCUGAAGGCAGCAAUUAGAGCCACUGACUUGGAUCCAUCUUGGGCUGAGGCAUGGAUCACCCUGGGUAGAGCACAGUUAAACUUCGGAGAGCCUGAUAGUGCCAUUGCUAGUUUCGACAGAGCAUUAUCUCUUAAGCCGGAUUGUGAAGAAGCUCAAGAUGACAGGAGAACUGCAAUACUUCUUGUAAAGAAGAGAAAGCAGCUGCAUUUGUCGGGCAUGAGCACAGCAAAAAGCCGUUUUGUGGUUGGUGAUAAAGAAUGAGUCUUUUGGUCCAGAUACUGACAAGAACUUUUUUAGGUUCUGGCUCUAGAGGAGAAGCCCAUGGCCGUUGCGUAUAUAAAGGUUUGAGUUCUGAGUGGCUAUUAUACCUUGUUAAGCUCUUAAGAAGAUGCAAGGUGCUUGGAAGAACAAUUUAUGCAGUCGGACUUUUCUUGUUCGAAACUAGAGGUCUAAAGUCAGGAGGAUGCCACCUCUCACCCAAUUGAAAGCUGUUGUCUUUAGAUAUCUCGCCUUUUCACCCUUGCGACAAGGACUUAUGUUUCUUCUUGGCUACUUUCUUCUGAAUCCUUCUUGUAUGUUACGGUACUAAUUCCUUUCAGCAUAAUGCCAUCAUCUGUUGAAAAAGGAGAAAUGACGAUGCUUGAGCGAAGGAUGUAAAUUCACAAAG